UCAUACAAAUACUUUAAAAAAAAUGGACUUCGUAAAAAAAAAUUUAGCUCUUAUAAUCAUGAGUGUAGACAUGAUUAUAGAGCUAAUGGAAGAAUAUGGGCAAAAACAUGGGCGGGAUACACCCAUAUUUAUCCUAAGUUCCGAUGUGGAUAUGUUCAUCGGAACAAUGUUAGGAAUGUUAAAUUUGGGUGAAUCGAUGGAACCCCUGGUGAUGCUAAUAUCGAUAGCUGCACAUCGUGAAGGAGAACCAGGGGAUCCGAAAACCGUCGGACAGGUUAUAAAUGCCUGUCGAAAAGUAAUAUGCAAUAUGGAUCUUCUUUUGCAGUUUGAGAGAGCGUCCAACAUAAUACCUGUAGAUGGGAUUCAAAGAGGAUGACGAAGGUGAGUUUUAAAAAAAAAAAAACAAUGUGAAAAACUAAAU